GGGUUCGCUCCUGCGAGUCGCUGCUUCGGCGGUCUUAACGGAUCCUUUUAAUAGCGGCCGGGCGGAGGCUCGCCUCAUCCCAUCGCCGUCUCAGACGAAGCAACGAAACCCGACAUGGAGACCGAAGCCGAGAAGAACGGCGGAAGAACAACCGACGAAGGAGGCCGAGGAGAAGACCCCCAGCCAAAUCCCCCAACCCCCUCCUUGUUCCCUCUCUUCCCCCUCUCCUCAAACCCAUCUCCGCCUCCCCUGAGCUCCUCCACCGCCUCCCAGUGGCUCUCCAACCCUAGCUUCACCUUCGACGUCUCCUCCCUGCCGGGAUCCGGCGGCGCCGGCCCCGUCGCCUCCUUGCCGCAGGACUCCGACUCCGAGGACGAGGCUGCCGCAGCCGAGGCGGCCCCUCCGGCGCGGCCGCCGACGUACGAUCUGGUGGCCUCCUCGCCCUCGGCGUCCUCGUCGGAAGAGGAUCGCCGGUCGAAGCGCAAGGAGGGUAGGAGGAAGAAGAAGAGGAGGAGGAGGGAGAGGGAGGGGCUGGAUGACGGCGCUUCGAGGAAGUCGGGGGUUCGAGCCUGGGUUGGGUCUGACACCAAGCCCGCCAAGGAUUACUACUUCGAUCUUCGUGGGGAUAGGGAUAAUUUGGCCUUCGGGAGCCUCUAUAGAAUGGAUGUUGCACGGUACAAACUCCAGAAUAGGAUAGGAUUUUCUGGGAUUAAUGUGCAAUUGUUUUAUCAUUGGAAACCUCCAAACUCAUGUGUGGAUGUGGAUGGAGAUCUUGAUGUACUGGACAGUAAAUUGAGAGCAGGAGGCCGAUAUUAUUCAGUGAAAUAUACUGCCUUGGAACGAAACAAGGGUUUCAAGCAUGCGAAAAUUGUUGAGAAGAUGUCUUCAAUGAUUCCUGGAGAAUUUAUCCCUCUAGCAGAGCUGCACUCUUCUCCUGAAAAUGGUAAAAAUGUUUCAAUAACAAAGGGAGAGGUUGAGGAAUCUUGGGAAGAUGAAUUAAUCCAAAGAACGAGAGAGUUUAACAAAAUGUCCAGGGAAUUUCCUCAUGAUGAAAAAGUUUGGUUAGCCUUUGCUGAAUUUCAGGAUAAAAUUGCAAGUACUCAACCUCAAAAAGCAGCUCGCUUGCAGACACUUGAGAAGAAGAUUAGUAUAUUAGAGAAGGCUGUGGAGCUUAAUCCAGAUAAUGAGGAACUGUUGCUUUGUCUUCUGAAGUCUUACCAGGGAAGAGAUAGCACUGAUACUCUUAUAGGAAAGUGGGAGAAAAUACUCAUGCAACACUCUGAUAGUUGUAAGCUGUGGAAAGAGUUUUUACUUCUCUGCCAAGGAGAGUUUUCCCGGUUCAAGGUUUCUGAAAUCAGGAAAAUCUUUGCUCAUGCCAUCCAGGCUAUAUCUUCAGCUUGCAGCAAGCUCUGUAGGCAGGGUAGUCAAACUGAUAGCCUGCAAUCAGUGGAUUCAUCGUUGGCUGAACUAGAACUUGGUCUGGUUGAUAUAUUUGCAGGCCUUUGCAGGUUUGAGUGGCAAACUGGCCACCAAGAAUUAGCAACUGGAUUGUUUCAAGCUGAAAUAGAGUACAGUUUAUUUUGCCCAUCCUUGCAUCUUGGCUCACAAAGUAAACAAAGACUCUUUGAACACUUCUGGAAUAGUGGUGGUGCCAGAAUUGGAGAGGAUGGAGCACUUGGCUGGUCCUCGUGGCUGGAAAAAGAGGAACUAUCCAGGAAGAAUGAUUUUACAGAACUAAUAUCUCAAGAAACUGAAGAAGGUGGCUGGACUGGUUGGUUUGACCCUUCAUCAAAAAAGACUGGAACAAGUAAUGAGCCGGAAAAUUCAAUGGUGACUUCUCUGGGUGAUGAAAAGAUCGAGGAGAACCCUGAGACCGAAGACACUCCACUGGAAGAUGAUAUAGAAACAUUACUAAAGAAGCUUGGAAUCAACGUAGAUGCUGAGCUUGAUAGUGAGGUUAAAGAUGCAAAGACUUGGAAUAGAUGGUCUGAGGAGGAGCUAUCAAGGGACCAUGAGCAAUGGAUGCCUGUUUGCGAACAUUCUGGUGAUGAUGGAAAAUCAAGAUACCCUCCUGAUGAUAAUCCAGACAAAGAUGGCAAUGAACAACUUUCAAGGGUCAUCUUGUUUGAAGAUGUAAACGAGUACCUUUUUUCUUUGUCUUCAGAGGAGGCUCGUUUCUUAUUGGUGUGCCAGUUCAUUGAUUUCUAUGGUGGCAAUAUUUCUCAAUGGACAUGUACAAACAGACCCAGUUGGACUGAAAAGAUUCUUAGCUUAGAGACUGUACCAGAUUCUAUUUUAGAAAAUCUGAGAGUUGUAUUUGGCCUAGUGAAUAAGACUGAAGCUUCUGUUAAAUUGGAGCAUCUUUUGUGCCACACAAGUGAUUUAUCAAGACAAACUAACAUGAUGAAGUUCCUUCGAAACUCAAUUCUGCUUUUUCUUAAUGUUUUUCCACGUAAUCAUCAGUUGGAAGAAGCUGUUCUCAGUGCUGAAGAAUUGUUUAUGUCUAAAGAAAGUUCUUCAACAUUUUCUGUCAAUCCAUCACGAACUUUAGCCAAAAGCCUAUUAAAAAGAGAUCGACAGGACCUGUUACUUUGUGGUGUAUAUGCACGAAGUGAGGCCUCUUAUGGGAAUAUUGAUCUUGCAAGGAAGAUAUUUGAUAUGGCAUUAGCAUCUAUUGAUGGACUUCCAAUGGACCUUUGGGAAAAUGUCCCCCUUCUGUACUUCUGGUAUGCUGAAAUGGAAGUGGCAACAUCUACUUCAUGCAACAAUUCUAAGUUGUCCUUGCAACGUGCUGUUCACAUUUUAUCCUGCUUAGGUGGUAACAUGAAGUACACGCCUUUUAAGUGUCAAACAUUGGGUCUGCAACUCUUAAGGGCACGUCAAGGGUUCAAAGAACAGAUUAAAAGCUUGCGAUCUGCAUGGGCCCGUGGCGAUGUAAAGGAACAUUCUGUUGCUUACAUUUGUUCAGCUUCUUUGUUUGAGGCCUUGACUACGGGUUGGUCUGCUGGUAUUGAAGUUAUAGAGCAGGCCUUUGCAAUGGCACUUCCAGAAAGAAGAAGCAGGAGCUUGCAACUUGAAUCCUUGUGGGUCCAUUACAUUGGUGUGCUCCAGAAACAUGUUAAGCAGUUGAGGUUCUCAAGGGUGUGGGAGGCUAUAGCACAAGGGCUUCAAAUAUAUCCUUACAACCCAAAACCUUAUAUUGCCAUGAUAGAAGCAAGCUAUCUUUAUACCGUGCCAAACAAAGUUCGUAUUAUGUUUGAUGAAUGUAGUCAGAGGAACCCAUCUGUAAUUUUGUGGCUCUUUGCAUUGUCAUUUGAAUUGGGCAAAGCUGGCUCUCAGCAUAGAAUUCAUGGACUUUUUGAGAGAGCGUUGGCGAAUGUUAAAUUACAGAAAUCGGUAUUAAUAUGGCGCUGCUACCUUGCAUAUGAGGCAGAUAUUGCACGUAAUCCUUCUGCAGCAAGACGGAUUUUCUUUAGAGCCAUUCAUGCCUGCCCGUGGUCGAAAAGGUUAUGGCUUGAUGGAUUCCAAAAAUUAAGCUCUAUUUUGACUGCGAAGGAGCUGUCUGAUCUCCAGGAAGUCAUGCGUGACAAAGAAUUGCACCUGAGGACUGAUAUCUAUGAGAUCCUCUUGGAGGAUGGGACAGAGAUAUGACGUUUCUUACCGUUUAAUGACUGUAACAUCACAAUGUAGCAUAAAAUCUGACUCCUGUCAUCGUGUUCAGCCUAAAACCUUGGUUGUUCAAGGAAACAGAAGGCCAAAAGAGGACUGGAAUCGCCCAUCAAGGUGUGAUAGCAAGUCCCAUUCAUGUAAAGAUUCUGCGACGAACAUUCUGAAAGUUCUUACGAGCAGUAGUCUUUGCAUGAACUGCCAGGUGGUUAUUUUGCUGGUGCUCGAAUAGUUGAAUCACCCAUAAUUAGAAACCCAACAGAUUGUUUUACUAGGUCCAGAAUUAAGUGCGAGCCAAACUCAAGCUGCUCGCGAACAGCUUGUUGAAGGGAUUUAUCGAGUGUCACAAAAAAGGGGAUUUAUUGAGUGUUUCUGACCUGUU